UAAUGACACUGUCAAUUAACUCUUAAAAUUUACCUAAUCUGUGAUUAAGUUUAGUUGUUAAAUUGUAUCUAGAAUAACACGUUAUAAACUUUUAUCAAUAUCAGAUUAUAUUAUUUCCGCAGAGUUUUACAUUCAUAAUCAAAUAACGUUUUGAACCAAUUACCUGUAAUCUUAAUGUAACAGUUAAGUAGUGCAACCAUGAUUGAAGUUUAAUACUUCUGGUGAUUGUUGCUUAAAGCUGAGAUUUGCAGUCAUUCGUAGUCAUUACCGUUUUGGUUUAAUAAAAGUUAACAAUGCUACGAUUUCUGAGCAGAAGAGGGAGAUCUUCCAGCCAGACACGCAACAAACAAAAUCAGAAAACUUCAAACAACAAAAACUUGAUACAAUGCAAGGUAAUGUUACUUGAUGAGACAGACUUAUCUAUUAAUUUAUCAAAAAAAGCUAGUGCAGGGGAUCUCUAUGAGCAGGUGUUUUAUUCCCUAGAUUUAAUUGAAAAGGACUAUUUUGGUUUACAAUUUACUGAUACAAAUAAUGUAAAGCAUUGGUUGGAUCCAACAAAAACUAUAAAAAAGCAAGUAAAGAUAGGUCCACCUUACACUUUGAGACUUAAAGUGAAAUUUUAUUCAUCUGAACCCAAUAAUUUAAGAGAAGAGUUAACUAGGUAUCAAUUCUUUUUACAAUUAAAAAGGGAUAUAUUAGAGAGCAAACUUGAAUGUCCACAUUCAACAGCCGUAGAAUUAGCAGCACUAGCUCUACAAUCAGAAUUAGGUGAUUUUGAUGAGCUAGUCCACACACCAGCAACUGUGUCUGAGUUUCGGUUUGUACCCAAUCAAACUGAAGAAAUGGAAAUAGAAAUACUGGAGGAGUACAAAAAAUACAAGGGUCUUACACCAGCUCAAGCAGAAGUAAACUAUUUAAAUAAGGCUAAGUGGCUUGAAAUGUAUGGUGUUGAUAUGCACAUUGUGCUAGGCAAAGAUGGGUGUGAGUAUCACUUAGGAUUAACACCUACAGGAAUUCUUGUUUUCGAGGGACCACAAAAGAUUGGGCUAUUUUUCUGGCCCAAAAUAAGUAAAUUAGAUUUUAAGAAAAAAAAGUUGACUUUAGUUGUUGUCGAAGACGACGAUCAAGGACGAGAACAAGAACAUACUUUUGUAUUUCGACUUCACAAUGAAAAAGCUUGUAAACAUCUUUGGAAAUGUGCUGUGGAACAUCACACUUUCUUCCGCUUACGUGCUCCAGUGAAAGGUCCCUCUGCAAGGCAAAACUUCUUUAGAAUGGGAUCGAGAUUCCAAUACUCCGGAAAAACGGAGUAUCAAACGACACAACAAAAUCGCGCUCGUCGUACAGUUCAGUUUGAACGGCGGCCCAGCCAACGGUUUGCUCGAAGACAAAGUCACGUGUUAAGGGAACGUGAAAAGCAAAAUACAACUGUUAAAUCUGAAACUUCUGCGCAACCUGAACCCAGUACUUCAGGAGAAACUGCUGCAAUUGAAAGCGGACAAGAUACACUAUCGAGGAAAAGUAGUGCAAAAUCGCACAAAUCCGUUUUGGUGGAAACUGAUCUUAAAGCAAGUGAAAUAGGAGAACCUUCGACUAAAAAUCUUCUAAAUGAUGAAGAACCCGAAGAAAUGACUAUUUCGAAAGAGGAUGCAAUCAGCAACAAAGUUCUUUUUAAGAUGGAUAGUAUUGAAGAAAAGAAAAGUAACUUAACCCAACUUGUUAUUAAUAAACCAUCUUGCAAUUGCUCACCCGUGGCCGAGUUUAAUCCACUUAAUGAUCUUUUAAUGAGUUUAGUAAAAGAAAAACUAAACAACGACGAUUCGAAGAAUGAAGUCAAAAAGGACCAAUUAGAUUCAGCUGACAACGAAGUGCCAAACAAUCAAAGUAAAUGUUAUUUACCUUCAACAAAGAAUCUUCCUCCGGGACAGCUUAAAUGCAAUAAUAUUCUAAAGGCUCGCGAAAAUGAAGUUAAGAUCAUUAACGAAUCAUCUAAUAUAAACCUAUCGAUACCCUCAACGCCAUCACCGAAAAUACUAAAUGAAACGAAUCCAAAUAAUUCACAAUAUGUUUCAAUUGUUGUUGUUGAACCACCGCGUUCCCAAACUAAGCUGGCAUCACCAAAACCAGUUGAACGAAUGGAAGACGUAAUUCCUAAAUGUCAACCGAUAUCAUCACUUUCGCCGUGGCUCGUCACAUCAGAGCCAAGUUCUCCUUCUGGUAUCGGAGAAAAGGAAAUAACAAUAAUUCACCGUAAAUCGGUUAUAACGACUCAACUUUAAGAAACAUUCUAAUUCAUUAUCUAUUACAGAGGUAUAGUUUUAAAAUUAUUCUAAUUAUAUUGUAGUUAUAACAUUACUCAUUCGUAUCAAACUAACCAUGACUAUACAAAAUUUAACAAUAUAAUGUAUUUUCUUAUAAUUAUAUAACAGAACUGUGCAGCAGUUGAUCAGCCUUAAAUGCUUAGUCGUAAGUUUCAAUAUGUACCGUUAGAAAAGCGUGAGGUGCUCCGAAAUUACUUAAGUAAUUUCAGGUGUCAUUGAUCGGAUUGUGACAAUAUGUGCCUUAUAAAAUUUAAUGCUUGAAAACUUUACAAUUUAAUUUCACUUUUAAGUUUCGAAAGAAACCAAAAGCGAGAUGCUUCAUUUUCCAUGAACCAGUUAUAUGUUAUACAUUCAAAUAUAUUUGUAACACGUUAGAUAAAUAAACUUAACUCAUUCCGUUUGACAAACACAUUGCCAAUACAUUCCAUUCUACCUGACGAGUAAUUCGU